CUCGGGUGGUUUUCCCUCCCUCCUCCUCCUCCUCCUCCCCCCCCCCCCGCUGCAUUUCCUCCUGCACCUUUAAGAAGCCCAUUGCCGCCGGUGGGAUGGUGUGUGCUAAAGCUGCACAGAGGAAGUUACGCAGCCGGGAUCAGGCACGGAGAUAAAAGCUCCGAUUGUGAUUGAAAGUCCCUCCUGCUGAUGAGCUCUGCCUUUGCCCUGACCAUGAAAGAGAGAGGAGACCCCAGGUAGCCCCAUGGAUUGCAGCUGAAGGCUUUGGGGACUUGGUGCUCCGUUGCCAAAAGGCAGAAUUGGACAGGAAUCCUCACCACCACCGCAGGACACAGCGGGAGAAGCCAAAGCCAGCCCUGCCCCAGUCACCCCAGUGACCACCUGGGUCUGGGCACCGACCUGCUCACACUGACACAACCAUCCUUUGCGAAAAAGGAAUUUCAGCUCCAAGCUCCAAGCAGUCUCUCUUGUCAGAGUUGUACUGAUGGCCAGAUGCUCUAUUUAUUUUAUGUGCUAAAUGUUCUAACACCCCAAUAAUUAAGGCAGACACAGUUUAAGGCACUUUCCACAGCGACGCAGUUGGAGCAGAGCAGAAGGUUGAGGAAAACCUGAUCCAGCACCAUCUCACGGCCUCUCCAAUUUACUCCUAUCAAAUUUCAUCAGCAACUCAGAACUUGAUCUUUGUAUUGAUUGACUGGAGUCACCUCUAGAUAUUUUCAUGCUGAUUUGGAAGACCUUUCGUACAAUAAAACGGGGAAAAAAUGAGGUUAAGGAAGACUUUUGACCACUGAUCAGCAACUCUGGCCAAAACUUUCCCAAUCAAGUGAAUUGCAAAGUCGGCUUCCAUGCCAAGAGGAACUUUCCACGUCCAGGUACAGCGCGCAGAGUGGGAUCAUCCCUGUUGCUGUGUGGAUCUCCUUGGAGUGGAGCAUUUUUAGAUGAGGAGUUUCCAUGCUGAUCCCGAGAGCCACCCCUAGCCCAGCCGCCGCCUUCCUCGGGACUCCCGGCGCUGCCCUCGCCCAGGGCGCCCGCGCCUGGCCGCAGCUGCCAUGCUCUACCUGGCUGCUCUCCUCGUGCACUGCGUGCCCCUGGCCAUGGCACAGUAUGACAUUUGCAAGUCCUGGGUGACCACGGACGAUGGCCCCUCAUGGGAGUUUUACGCGUGCCAGCCCAAGGCCAUGCGGAUGAAGGAUUACGUGACCGUGCGGGUGGACCCGGCAGGAAUCACUUGUGGGGACCCUCCGGAGAGGUUCUGCACCCAUGAGAACCCGUACCUGUGCAGCGACGAGUGCGACGCCUCCAACCCCGACCUGGCUCACCCGCCCAAGCUGAUGUUCGACAGCGAGGACGAGGGCCUGGCCACCUACUGGCAGAGCGUGACCUGGCGCCGGUACCCGGAGCCCCUGCUGGCCAACAUCACCCUGUCCUGGAACAAGAGCAUCGAGCUCACCGACGACAUCGUCAUCACCUUCGAGUACGGGCGCCCCACCAUCAUGAUGCUGGAGAAGUCUCUGGACAACGGGAGGACUUGGCACCCAUACCAGUAUUAUGCAGACGACUGCAUGGAGGCCUUCAGCAUGCCAGCAAGGAGGGUCCGGGACCUCUCCACCACCAGUGCCAACAGGGUCCUCUGCACUGAGGAGUAUUCCCGCUGGGCGGGCUCCAAGAAGGAGAAGACCGUCCGCUUUGAGGUGCGGGAUCGCUUCGCCAUCUUCGCCGGCCCCGACCUCAAGAACAUGGACAACCUGUACACGCGGCUGGAGAGCGCCAAAGGGCUCAAGGACUUCUUCACCGUCACCGACCUGCGCAUGAGGCUGCUGAGGCCCGCCCUGGGGGGCACCUACGUGCAGAGGGAGAACCUGUACAAGUAUUUCUACGCCGUCUCCAACAUCGAAGUCACCGGCAGGUGUAAAUGCAACCUCCACGCCAACCUGUGCACCUUCAAAGAGGGCAGCCUGCAGUGCGAGUGUGAGCACAACACCACGGGCCAGGACUGUGGCAAGUGCAAGAAGAACUUUCGCUCCAGGUCCUGGCGAGCAGGCUCCUACCUGCCCCUCCCCAACGGGUCCCCCAAUGCAUGUGCAGCUGCAGGCUCAGCCUUUGGCACGUACGAGCGGCCGCAGCGAGUAAACACCGCAAAAACCACCACGGCUAAAACCACCACGGCUAAAACCACCACGGCUAAAACCACCACCACCACCUCAACCACCACCUCAACCACCACCACAGCCACCACCACCACCAGCAGCACCCCCCUACCAGCCACCACCACCCAGCCAGCAAGCAUCAUCAGACCAGCCUCUGAGUUUGCUGCCUCAGUGCCCGCGACAGAGCCACAGAACAACCCAGACUACCCUGACUUGUCAGCAGCUGCCCCGCUGCAGGUGGGCUCUCCCCCAGCCAAGGCUGGCCCAGGAGCACCAGCAGCACUUGGAGAGAAGCUGAAGCCACCAGAGCCUCCCGAGAGCAUGAGAGCGGCUCCGAAGAGCAAACCAGGGCGCACAGCACACUCUGCAGGCAAGAAGCACAAGAAAAAGACAGCAUCCUCAAAGAGCUCAAAACUCAUCCGGCUCAAACCAAACUCUGGCCCCGUGGCUCCCAUUGAAACAUACAAAGACUGCGAGUGCUACGGCCACUCCAACCGCUGCAGCUACAUCGACUUCCUGAACGUGGUGACCUGCGUGAGCUGCAAGCACAACACGCGGGGCCAGCACUGCCAGCACUGCCGCCUGGGCUUCUACCGCAACAGCUCCGCCGAGCUGGACGACGAGAAUGUCUGCAUAGAAUGUAACUGCAACCAGAUCGGCUCCAUGCACGACCGCUGCAACGAGACCGGCUACUGUGAGUGCAGGGAAGGCGCCACGGGGCCCAAGUGCGACGACUGCCUGCCCAACUACUACUGGAGACAGGGCUGCUUCCCCAACGUGUGCGAUGACGAGCUCCUGCUGUGCCAGAACGGCGGCACCUGCUACCAGAACCAGCGCUGCAUCUGCCCCGUGGGCUUCAAGGGCGUGCUGUGCCAGCAGUCCCGCUGCGAGGCGGACAAGCAGGACUGUGACGGUGCCCGCGGUGCCCGCGGCAGCCCGGCCGCCCUGGCGCUGGCCGUGCUCGCCCUGCAGCUGCCAGGCUGGGUGGAUCUCUGAGGCUGCUCGGCGAGCCCAGCCCGGGGGCCCGGCGACACCGAGGGGACGGGUGGCCGUCCCCAGCGCCUCCUCCUCCGCCUUCCUUCACGCUAGGACUUGCACAACGUCUUUGGGGCCACUUUCCAAGCAGAGAGGUACGCAGGGAGCCCGGUGCUGGGCGCUGCCCGGGGGCCGUGCCCGGUGGGGACACGGGACAGCAGCAGCGACAUUCUGUGCGGGACACGGGGACAGCAGCAGCAUUCUGUAUGGGACACGGGGACAGCGAUAUUCUGUGUGGGACACGGCCCGUCUGCCCUCCUGGCACAGGGAUCUGUCAUGGUCCUGGCACAGGGAUCUGUCCUGCCCCGCACAGGGAUCUGUCCUGCUCCACACAGGGUGGCCCAGGAGAACAGUGCCGCGAUCCGAGGGAUGGUUUUUUAAUUCUUACUUUCUUUACUUUGGUAUAGGCCGGGGUGGUGUUUUCAUUUUCCCUCCUCUCAGCGGCCUGGCUUGGGAGAGCCUGUGGUGACAAGAGCAGAGCCCCAGCGCGCAGGGGACAGGAGGGAGGGGAGAGGGGACUCCGGUCCAUCCCUGCUGCAAAUCCCACAUCCCACCACGGGCCCGGCCUGGCCACGCACAUACUGUUGCCUACGACUGUAGUUGCUGCAUUGAUUUUGUAUUUUCAUGGCUGGGUUUUGUUUUCUUGCACUGAUGGAGAACACGGGGGCCGUGAGGCGUUCGGAGCGUGAGGGGUGCAGUGUCUUAUCCACACAUGUCCGUAUGGUGUACGGGUCAAAUUCUUCUUUGGGUAGAGACUUAUUUUUGUUUGGAUUAAAUGUUAUAACAGAACCACGACCUAAAGGGACAUUUUAUCAUGAGCAUUUGAUUCUGGUGUAUCCUCCUCCAGUAAAGCAACUAUUAAUGGCUGCUUGAUCACCACGUUUUCCUUUUUGUGUGCACAGUUAAUUACAGGUAAAGACUUAUUUUUGGAUUCAUAAUGUCCUCUUGUGUUUUCUGAGUCACUACCAAGGUGCACCACAUGGUGAGGGAGAGAGAGGUUGCCUCAUCACUGAGAGCUGUUAAUUAUUUCUCCUAAUUACUUUGCUGAGCCUAGGUUAGACUACUAACUGCAGACAAUGAGCAAAGCCUGAGUGAUAUAUUAAGCACUGGUCUUGUGUGAAAAGGCCAUUUCCAAAUGAGCCUGCAGCAGGAAAAGGCUGGCUAGGGCAGGAAUGCUUCUCCAUGGGGACCCCAGCUGUCCCAACCCCAGUGCAGCCCCCUCCAGCUGGUGCCAUCAUGCACCUUUGCAGAAAAUGCUGUAUUCUAAAGCAACCACAGCCAGUAUUUUUAAGCAGCAAUAUAGAGCUCACAGGGAUUAUAUUAACUCAUUAAGGCUCAUCAACAUGCUCCUGUCUGAGGAGGCAUUUACAGCCAAGCACAUAAAGGAAGGCAGGAGAAACCAGAGACAAGAAAAGAAGUAACUCAGUCAGCUCAAUGGGAAUGUCAUAAGCACAGGAGCCCUUGUGUGGUCAUAUUUGGAUAUUUACCAAGCCAGGAGAUGACUGAGUGCACGUUUAGAGGAUGGGGGACACCCCCAACUCCAGCCUGUUCAAUUCUAGGCUGGUUUCUUUGACAGGUGAGCUUUGGAAAAGGAGAGAAAACCCUGAGUGAAGGUGCAGGAUGGAUAUUGUCGCUUCAAAGAGCAACACACGUUCUGAGCAGGGUUUAACAUCCCAGAGGCAGGGCACAGGGCUUAGUUAAUCCACUAUAAAGUAAAAGAGGGUUCAACUCACCCUGAUUUGCUCCUUGGGGCAGAGGGCUGGCCCCAGCAUUGCCUCCCUGGCUUCAGCACAGUUGGUUGCUCUCUGUUGGACACUCACUCUUUGCUUUGUGCUUUCUGACUGCAGCAGACGUGAAAUUUUUACAGCUCUCACAAGUAAUAGCAAAGGCUGUAACAAGAUCAAGAUCUCUAAUGGCACUUCUGGAGAGUGAAGCAACAUUCUCCUUUGCCUGCACAACUGUUUUUCUCUAGAAUAUUAGAUUAAGCAACAGAAAAUUUACUACUUCAUAAAGCCAAGCAAACUCUGCACCCAGCAGGUUCCCUGCAAACACACACUUUUAUUGCAGGAACGUGCCAAGCAGCAGCACCAAACUCCUGUAGAAAAUAACCUCAGAAGGGCACAGCAAAGCUCAGACCAGCCCAGGAAUGAAGGCUGCUGAAAACUACACUUGACCUUUCCGGGUUUGGGGCUUUUUUCUUGGUGGGUUGGGUAUUGGCUGUUUGGCUUUGGGGUUUUAGAGCCACACGUGCUGUAGAACUUGGAGUCACACAAUGCGAGGCAGAAGAGAAAAUCUCUCCCACAAAACUCACACUUAGUGCUCAAGAAAACAAUUUAAAACUUCUGAGAUCUUCAGCACUGAAGACCCAUUAACUGCAGACAUCUGUUAGCAGGGUGUCUGCACAAAGAGAACAGAGCAUCAUUGAAACAACACAGGGAAACCAUCACUGCAAGUACCCACAGAUCCCAAAGUUCAUCUCCAAGGCAGAAGUUUUGUACAUCAGUUAUUGCUUCCAGAUGGGAGAAGUUGUCCAAUGAGCUUGAUACUUGUGGAAAGGUUACCCAAAAGGUACUUCUCCUUCUGAGAAAAGCCACUUAUGCUCUUUCAAGAGGUUCCAUGUGCAUCCUGUCACCAGCAUUUGAUUGGUUUGGAAAAGUUUUUAAAUUACACUUCUGUCUGCAAAGAGUGACCUCUCCAAACAGCACAAGUAGAGUGUUUGAUUUUUCUUGUUUACUUCAAAUUCUACUCUGAUUUUAACUAUUCAGAGUUCUGAAAAAUCUAAACAACCAAAAGCCCCAAGGCAACAAAAACCUUCCUGAUGCACAUUUGCUCACUUGCCAGGUAAAAUAUUAAAGCUACAGAUCCUGAGAGCUGGAGACAGGAGGGGGCAAAAGAAUUCCAUUGCCAGUUCCCAGGUAUGUUAUUUGUUUUUUUUAAAGAUGAGGCAGCAGACAUCUCAUCUGCAAGUGAUUCGUGAGGAGCCCUGCAGAGGCUGGAGAGUGAGAGAACCAACAGUUUUUAAUGGGAAUAAAAUGGUCUCACUGCCCUGUUCUGCUCUGUAAUUUGCUUUCAUGAGAAGCCUCAAAUGUAAAUAAAACAAAGUAUAAAGGAAGAGCUGAAUGUUCUUGCUCAGAAAUGAGAGCAGAGCUGGGUUUUGGAGAGCUUUAUAUCCACAUCUUCUCAGCCCUUCUGGCUGGGAGCUGGAGAGUUUGGCCACGAUCACACAGAAAAUGGCUAAAAAAUUACAUCCUGAUUUGAGAUGCACAGAAAAGCUUCAGACCCUCCUGAAGGAUCCUUUGGCUUUUUGAUUCUCAAGGUGUUCUAACAACUUUCACUGCAGGGUGAAACGUGUGAGGAAAGUCUAAACCCACCCAUUUUCACCAUGUAACUGCCAGCAACAAUAGCAGGCUCCAAAAGCUCCAUCCUGACCCCACUCUGUGUCACUGCAGGGGUUAAAAUAGAGGGGAAACUGAUGGGAUUUCUCUGUAGCAAAGGGAAUUCUUGCUUCAUGGCACAGUGAAAUCAGUGGCAAUGCUGCUCAGCUGCACCAGGCUAUAAAAUCAGGUUUUCUGUGUUUUCCCAAUACCAGAUGUAACGUGCUCUCAGACCACUUUCAUUUCUAUCAUGCUUUUCCUGGGAGUUGGUGGCAAAUUAGCCAAGGGCUGAGCAGCAGACAGGUACAUAUGGCCAGGAGGUCUCAUGGCAGUGAUAUUCAAUGUACAAGGCUGCUUAGCUUACAUUUAUUUGCACUAAAGAAUAAGGCACUGGGCUCCUCUCCAAGCAGCUUAAAAAGACAAGAAAGGAGACCCGUUGUGGCAAGAGACUGUAUUAUAUCAUUACCAUUAUAAAUUCCAUUUACAAUCCAGCAGUCAUUUCAUCCAUCAUUAAUUCAUGCACAAUGGAGAGAGCAUCUUGCACUUUUAGGACCAUGGCUCUGCUCAUCCAUGGGGCUGCUGUGAAUGAACAGCCCAGCUCCAGUUUUGGGUGCUUUGCUCUCUGCCUUCUCACCACACUUCAGGGACUGCCAAAAUGCAAAAGCCAGUCUGGGAUUACUGGAGUUCCAUGUUACUUUUCAGGUGUUGUCUGGGAAUGUUGUUCAGCCCCAAUUGAUGCAAUCACAAGUUCUGUGUUGCUCUGGGAGCCCAGGCUGCUCUGUGCUCGUCCCCAUGAGUGCAGCAGGGUGAGGGCUAUUCCCAUUCCAUGGAUUAGCAGGAGGAGAAAUGCCUUGCCAGGCUGCACCCCUGGCUCCCAGCUCCUGUGGCAGCCCUCAUUAGACCCCUCUGCUAAUUAGGAGACAGCACUGGGAAUGUGAGUGGAGACUGGCAGGAGGGAGAGGCUGAUGUCCCUCCUGUCCCCACAGAGCCUGGCACAGUCCAGUGGCACCUCCAGCUCUCAGCACCCCUUGUCACACCCAGCACGGAGCCAACACCUCCCUGCUGCACUCCCCAGAGCAGAGAAUGAAGUGAUAAACAAAACUGAUAAACAAACAGAACUGCCCCACAGAGAGCCCAGAGCAGCACAGGGCACAGUGACCCCCAGCUAAGAACACAGACCUGACAGGCACCUGCCACGCUCUCACAUCACCGCGAUUAGGAACAACAUGGAAAAUAACUACAGCAAACUUUAAAGGAAAAAGGAAUAACCAGUUAUACCCCACCUUUGCUGCAAAGCCUGUUUUGUUUACAAAGAAGAAAUUAAAAAAAACCUCCACACUCUGAAAACCCUGAACAAAACACGGUCCAGCUCUUGCAAGAGACUUUUUCCCUCCUUCCCAAGAACAGAGGGAGAAUUUGCACAUAGAAUUCAGCUCCAGGCUUGGAAGCAGCAUGGAAGCCUCUACAAAAACCUGGAUACUGCUUCUUCCAAGCACAGCCUCCAAUAAAGUGUUUUACAUAAAGCUGUGUUGAGCACAUUUCUUUACUGACUUUUCAAACUCUAAUACUCAGUAACCACUGAAAAGCCUCCUCCAAGGGCCAGCAGCUCUGAGGAAUUAUAAAUUACCACAGCAAGUCUCUACUCACAGCUUACACACUGAGUGCCUCUCACUACUCAGUGCUUUGUACCACACAGAGAAUUUAUGAAAAUUGUGCCUGAUCUGUUUGUUCCUCACUGCAGAUUUGAGUCAGUGAGAAGUGUGCUUUGGAUUGGAUUUUGCUCAGUUUUCCAGGAAUAAACAGGAGAAGCUAAAGCUACAAA